GCAUUCGCCGAGAUGAUUCCGCUAUCAAAAGCCUCAUACUCUACAACAUUCCUGCGAUCUAACAUGUGCCAUGUUGUGUCCGAAACUCGCCGCUCUACUUUCAAUCCCAACGUUGUUCAGCGUCGAAUUGUCAAGCUCUCGUUUGCUACCAUAUUUGGUCGGCAUUGUUUCACCGUUGGCUCGUCACGGUCGUGCGACUACCUUUUACCAGAAUCAAACGAGGUCGCACCACACCACUUUAUUGUAUUCUUCGAUCUACAAGAGCGUCAGUUGUACAUAAGGAAUACUUCAUCGCAAGGGUUGCAAAUC